CUCGUCUUUAUUCUCCUUCCUUGAGCCAGCUGUUUUCUUCUUCAUCUCUCUCUCUUUCUUCUCCCUCGUCGAACUCUAUUGCUCCAAAAUUCCUCAAAAUCAUCCUCUACCAAUCGCCGGCAUUGUCUUACCUGCCGAUCCGACUAUCUCAGCAUUCGAAAUCUCCGGCGACAAGCCUGAUCUCGAGUUUUUCGUCCGUGAUUUCGUCGGUGGAAGCUGUGAAAAUGCCGGUGGAGGUGGAGAGAGACCAAGGAGAGGUGUCGGUGAAGGUUGAUAUUGAGAAUGCGACUGAGAAUACACCGGAGAUAGUAGUUCCGACCACGAAAGAGCACGUAGGAAAUGGGAUCAGCCACGGCGGCAGUAAUGGCAACGGAAAUGACAAGGAGGAUACCGAUGGUUCCUACGUUUUCAUAACGGAAAACGAUACCGUAGGAGAUGAUUCUGCUGAGUCUGAUCCACUUAAGCCAUUUGAUGCCAAUGUGGAGAAAGAUCUAGAGGAGGGAGAGAAUCUGAAGGUGGAGGCUAGAGCUACUCCCAAUGAUGUUUUGGGAGUCUCCCAAGAUAGUCAAACCCUGGAAAAGUCUGAAGAAGAAAGGGCAAUUGAUGGGCCAGAGGAAGUCGUUGGGAUCCCAAAGUCAGAAAUUGAGGAUCUUCCUGAAAAAGGUGUCGAACAACAGCAUCCUGUUAAUGGGCAUCUUGAAACUGGGCAUGAUGGUGAAUUGGAAUCUACAGAGGAAGUGGAACAAGGUCAAGAUUCCGAAGUUGGACCCGGGGAUCUGCCAAAGAAUAACGUGGAGGAUCCUGCGCAUCUGCAGGAAAAGCUUGAAGGGAAUAUCGAAUCUGGUAGUAAAACAGAUGUGGAGGGACAUCAAGGGUACAGGAUUGAAGCUCAAGAAAAAUCUGAUCUUGGCGUGGUUGCUUCCGAAGAUCUACAACAUAACGAGGGUGUAGCCAAGCUCCCAGCUGAUUCAGAUGAGGGAAGGGAGUCUGAGUUGGUAAGCGCCAAGGUUUCUCCUAUUGACCCAAAUGAUGUAGACAUGGGUUUAGGACAACCUACGCUAACAGAUCCAGAUGAUACCAUUAAGGGAUCUGAAUCUGUGAAUGAUCCCACUGGAUCAGAAUCGGUCAAUGAUCUGACUGGAUCUGAACCUGAAUCUGUAGCAGUUUUGGAAUCUGUUCCUGUUGAAAACGGUCACCCUCUAUUAGAAUCAGAGUUGGAGAAAAUUGGUGAUGUUCCAUUCACUUCAGAGGCAGAAAAGGUCAAUGCUUCCAAUGAUGAUGUGUUGCCAGACUCUGGAACCGUGGAAGUUUCUGUAUCAGAGGUAAGUAGUGAUGUCCCAGCUGAGUCUCAAACUCUUACUUCCGUCAGCCUGGAUUCCCAAACUUCUGGCAAAGAUGGUGUUGUUGAAAAUGGUGAUAGCAAAGUCGAAUCUGAAGCGAUUCAGGACUUUGAUUUUAUUGAAAACAGCAAGGUGCAAUCUGAAAUUGAAGCAGUUGAUGUCUCCUUGUCUGAUGAGAGUAUGAAUACCCAUCAAGAAUCUCAAGAUGCCAGUGAACCUGCUUGUGAUCAAGAUGGAAAGCAACACAUAGCAUCUGAAGAUGCGCAAUCAGUUAAAGAUAGCACUGAAACCCAUGUUGCACGCGCUAUUGAAGAUAGUGAAAUAAACAGAGAAGUCAAUUGUGGUUCAGAAGUGAAUGUGACGAAGACCACUCCAUUUGAUGUGUGUGAGGAUACACCAUCUGAAGAAGUUUCUGAGAUGGAAGAAUCGGAUAUCAAAGAAAGAUCUGCGAUAAAUACAGAUGAAGAAGUCGAUUCCAAUACUAAGAGCUCUGGCAGCACAAAAUCUCCUCUCGUCAACAAUGAUAUAGUAACGGUAAGCGAAGAGGGUUCUAUAAAGGAAAAAAAUGAGACAAGUGGCGCUACUGCCUCAGUUGCAUCUGAAACCAAGACCGGUGCACAUGGUCCUGAAUCUAAAGUGGUUACAUCUACUGAUACCAUACACACAGGAGCUAAAGACUGCGUGGACAGCCAACCUGCGGAAAACGAAGGAGGAGAUGCUGUUAGAACAGAUGAUAAAGUAGCCUCGACAUGUGAGAUUGGAGAAACUCAGAAAGACCUAGCAUCAGCAUCGUCUGCAGAAGGUUCUGCACUUGAUGCUUCUGAAGGACAAACUGUAGCGGCAGAGAUCGAGAAAAGACCGUUUUACUUUCUGCCUAGAGUUCCAAGAUAUGAUGACGAAAAGUUAGCUGAGCUACUCAAGCAUGCUGAUGCGCAGGUUGAUCAGAAAACACAGAGUCGGGAUGCUCUUAGAGCGGACAUCCAAAAGAUACGCGCAACAUGUAAGGACUAUGAUAUUAGCUACAAGGCCGCCAUGGCAGAAGAAAGAUCUGCAAGAAAGGCAAUGCAUUCAAAACGGCAGGAAAUUGAGGCUCUUCAGUCUGUGAUUAGCCGGGUUAAGAAUGCUGCGUCUGUUGACGAUAUUGAUUUGAGGGUGCAUAAUAUGGAACACAUGAUACAACACGAAACUUUAUCUCUGAGUGAAGAAAAAGGAUUCAUUCGGGAAAUAAAGCAGUUGAAGCAACUCCGUGGUCAGAUAUCUUCGAGUAUGGGUACCAAGGAUGAAGUUAAGCAAGCAUUAGAUGAGAAAGACAAAACAGAAGAGCGUUUGAAGGUGUUGAGGAAGGAACUAGACGUGCUCAGAAGCGAUCUCUCAAAAGCCGAAGCAGUCGCAAAAGCUGCUAAAAAGAAGUGUGAAGAGGAAUGGGAAGUGCUGAGUAAACUGCAAGAACAGUUCAGAGCUGCAGAUGCUGUUCGCCAGGAAGCAUUUGUGCACCUACAGGAUCUGAAGAAACAACAACGAGAAAAGAACAAAUAUUUCUUCAAGUACAGAGAUGAUUCAAGGGCAGCAAAUGAAAUGGCUUUGAAGAAAGACAGAGCAGCCCUCCAAAGCCUUUGUUCUGACCAGGUGGAGAAUUUCAUGAAUAUGUGGAACAACAACGAGGAGUUCCGUAACUACUAUGUAAAAAGCAACACAAGGAGUACCUUCAGAAGACUAGGAACCCUAGAUGGACGAUCUCUUGGCCCUGAUGAGGAACCACCCCGGAUCACUUAUGCCACAAGAACAGACAAACUUAGAACUUCAAGUGACAGAGCAGAUAAACAUGAGACAGCUCCACCAGCUUCAGCACAACAAGAGAAGGUCGUUAAAUAUGAAGGUUCAAAAGCUGAAAACAGUGGAAAGGAUGAUGCAAAACCCGCAGAGCAGAAGAAUCAGACCACUACUAAAUCUAAAAAGGCCGUCAAGCCAGACCAGCCUCCACCAAUUGUCAAGGAAUUGGUUUCUGGAAAAGAGGAGAUAGAGAAAUCAGCAACAAAGAAAGAAGAAGAAGAAGAAGAAGAGCCACCUAAGUUAACCAAAGAGGAAGAGGAGUUGAUUAAGAAAGAAGAGGAGAAGAGAAAACAAAAGGAAGCUGCUAAGAUGAAGGAGCAGCAACGGUUGGAGGAGAUAGCAAAAGCGAAAGAAGCAAUGGAGAGGAAGAAGAAGAGAGAAGAAAAGGCAAAAGCAAGAGCCGCUCUUAAGGCUCAGAAGGAAGCUGAAGAAAGAGAGAAGGAACGAGAAAAGAAAUUAAGGAAGAAGGAGAGAAGAAAAGGGGUUAUUACAUCAGAAGAGACUGCAGAAAACCCAGUUGAGACAUCAGAAACUGUAGUCGAAACUCCAAGGGAGAUUGAAAUCCCAAAGAAACAAACCGCGGAGGAGAGUCAAAAAAUCAAGAAAUCCCACAAACCAUCAUCACAGUUUCUCAAACAAAACAAGUCAAAAUCCGUUCCUCUGCCUUUAAGGAACCGAGGAAGCAAGAGAAAAUUGCGACAAUGGAUGUGGAUCGGACUCAUAGUUGUGGUCAUUCUCGCAUUGUUCCUUCUGGGUAACGCCAAUCUCUCCUUCUCUCCCGCAAAUCUCUGGUUUAUAUGAGACAAAUGGAGUGGCACACUUACACUCACUUUCCCAUUGUGCUUUUUAUAGUAAGUUUUUGGCUCCUCAUCUUAAUUAGUUUGGAUUGUGUUUGGUGUUUUUUUUUCUCUUCUUUUCUUUUCUUAAAGUGGAAGCUCUGAUUCAUUGAUUUCACACGACAGACAUUAGAUUGGUUUUGCUUGGUGGGUAUAUGUGUAAGAAACACGAUUUCUUUUUUUUUUUAAAACCAUAAUAUAUUUAUUAAAGCAAUA